AGUGAGUGCGUCGGAAGUUGUCAUAAGCAGCUGAAACGAGCUGCAGAUCAGGACAGUUGAUGUUAAAACCUGAAAAUAACCCUCUAUGCUUGCGGUGACGAAUUGCUGUCUGUCGGACCAAACGCUAUAUAAACACCUUAACCCGGAGAGAAGCUUCAAGACAGAGUUUAAGUAGCGGGAUGGAGGGGUUUGAAGGCGGCUUGUUUCACACUGAACAGGACCUAAAUGAAAACAUGAUCUGCACACACCCACACGAGUCCAGUGCGGAGAGUAUGGAGUCUCUGUGCCAGCAUCAGCAGCACUGUGUGAAGGCCUCAAUCAGGUCACAGUGGCAGCUGGCAGAGGCACAGAACCAGCUGUGUGGUCUGGAGCUUCACAGCUCGGAGUCUGUAGAGCAGGAGCAUGCUCGAGCCCUCGCCUCCUCCACUGAACUCUCUCAGACCGAAAAGGAGUGGAGGCAUAAAGAGAGCAUGCUGGGAAGGAGCCCAAAGCUGUGUCCAGAUGCCAGCCGAGAUGUGUUCAACAAGAGUAUCAUAAACAUUUCACAGUUUUGGCCUAAUGAAACGGAAAAUGAUAAAAGCUUAACCUUCGUCCACCGUAACGAAGAGCUCUUGAAACAUUUAGGCAUGUUGAGGAGGUGGGAUGAUAGUCAGCGCUUUCUAUCGGAGUACCACCAUCUCAUCUGCGAAGAAACAGCCAAUUACUUGAUCCUGUGGUGCUUCAGACUACAGGCAGAGCAAAAAGAGGCCUUAAUGGAGCAGGUGGCUCAUCAGGCAGUCGUCAUGCAGUUUAUCCUGGAGAUGGCUCGAAAUGCUCAACAGGAUCCACGAGGCUGCUUCCGUCAGUUCUUUCAGAAAGCCAAAGCAGGGCAAGAGGGAUACUUGGACGUCUUUCACACAGAACUCGAGGCCUUUAAACAGAGAGUAAAGGAGUACACUAUGAAAUCUAAUGGAGAAAUCUCAAAGGAGACAACACACCAAAAUACACCGGCAGGCUGUCGACUCGACCCCAAAGAGGUCCUGGAUUCUUUGCCACCGGAGCUUAAAACAUGCAUCCAGAUGCAAGAUAUGCAGAUUCUUCAGAGUUUCCUGAGCACCAUGAACCCACAGGUGGCAGAAUAUCAUGUGAAGCGUUGCUUGGAAGCUGGACUUUGGACAAAUACACCCAGGGCCUCUAAAGAGGAGAGUUCAGAAACGGAUGAGUGGAGAAUGAUGGAAAUCUCGCAGUGAAGAGACACUCCCAAUCAGUCCAUGAAACUUCAGUUGGAAAACAGAUUUGGGUCAGAGGACAGGAAGACAAAGGGCUCUGCUCAAAGACUUUUGUUUAAUCCGUGCCUGAAUGUGUGCUGCACUUUAUUUUUGUUUAAAAGAGAAAGUAUUUUAAAAAAAGGACAAGGAACUGUAUUUUGGGGCACUUCUAUUUUUGUGCACAAUUUUUGUUACAUUUAAGUUGAGAAAAAAUAUUUCUGUUUUAACAGUUUAGGAAAGUGAUACACGCUCUAAGCAGAAGUUUUAUUAUACUUUUGGUUAGUUUUGGUUUUCAAUCUCUAGGAUCACUGAUAUUUGAGAAGUGUUCUCCCGUGAAGAGUGUAAACCUAUUCUUUGAUCAAAUGGCAGUUUUUAUAUUCCACCUUUUGGAUUGUGAUCAACAACGUCCACUAAACAUUCAACUCGAGCUGCUAUCUGGAAAUUGUUGCAUGUGUCACACGCAUUGACGCAGUAGAUUAAUAGGCUAAGGACACUAAAGCGAAGGAGGACCACCCAAUUUGCUCUCAUUCUCUGAGAAGUAUUUGUACGAAUUUUGCGCUGUUCCCAGGAUUCGAAAAGGACGCAAUAUUUAAAGGAAAGGUUCUCCCCAAAAAUGAAUAUUCUGUCAUUUACUCCCCUCAUAUCAUUCCAAACGUGCAUGACUUUCUUUCUUGGAACUAUUCUAAAUGCUUUAAAGCCGUAUUAAAGCUUUGUGUGAGGAACAGACUGAAAUGUUGAAAUUUAAGUCGUUAUUUACUGAAAAUCUUCCUCUGUCGCUGCUCUCAAACCUCAUUUGCACUUCCGCAUAUUCAAACUUUGCAUGUCAAGAUACGUCACGCCAGGUUUGACGGCAGUGAUGCCAAAUGUCAGUGGUUUUUGUAGGUCUCGUAACCGAAUACAUAGCAGCAAGUUUUUAAAUAAUGUGCCAAUACAAUUUCAGAGGGGACAAAUAAUUUUUUUAUUUUGGUCUGUGGCUAUUGUAUGACUUUGAACUCAUUUUUGACUCCUCUAUUAUAGCAUUUUAGGAUGGUUUUUGUGUAAUUUUUAUGGAAAAGCAGAGUGAACGGUUUUAAAAUAUAUUUUCAUUUUGCAUUCUAUGGUAGAAGUUAUGUGGGUUUGGGACGAUUUGAGGGCAAGUAAUUGAUGACAGAAAUUUCCCUUUUAGGUUAACUAUUUCUAAUUAAAGGAAUAUUCUGGGUUCAAUACAAGUUAAGCUCUAUCAACAGCAUCUGUGGCAUAAUGUUAAUUUCCAAAAAAUUAUUUCUACUCAUCCCUCCUUUAAAAAAGCAAAAAUCAAAGUUACAGUGAGGCACUUACAAUGAAAGUCAAUGGGACCAAUGGAGGGUUUUAAGACCGGAAAUGUUAUUAAAUGUAAUUUUUUAUAAAAGCACUUACAUUUAAUUCUUCUUUUAAAAUGUGUGUAUUGUUUGAGCUGUAAAGUUGUUUAAAUCUUCGUUUUAGGGUUUGUUGGACAUUGUCAUGUCAACGAAGUUGUAAAAUUGGAUAUAACGUUAGUAAGAGAUUUUAUCACACUAAAAUCAUGUUGGCAUGCAUAUUGUUUGUCUUGUGGCAAUACUUUUUAAACCGUAGGUGUUUUACAGAUUGGCUCCAUUCACUUCCAUUGUAAACACAGGUUUUUGCUUUUUGUUUUUAAAGAAAAGUAGUGAUGAAGUAGAAAUGGACUUUUGUGAUUAUCUGCAUUAUGCCACAAAUGCUGAACCGGAACGUUUCUUUUGGUUACACUGAAAGAGACUGAAUACACAUUCACUAGAUCAAACUGUAAACUGAAUACUCAAGGCUGUUGAGGUUUAAGAUAAUAGAGAUACAUGGUGUUGAUCUGUUUUCUGGUCUAUAUUAAUAUCACCUUUCAUUUUAAGAAUACAAUUUUAAGAAAUGCCAUUUUGCCUCGCUAUUAUUUUGGGCCAGUAACACAUUGAAUUCCGUUGAUUGCAAUAAUUGUAUUGAAACCUCCAGUUGCGUAACUCAUUGAGCCAGUUUACAUUGCCUGUUUCUGCACACAGAGCAUAUACAACAAACUCAAAUUAUGUAACUGUAAAUUAUGGGUUGAUAAUAUUGUGAAAGUCUUUGCAAUCCAAACAAUAUCCUAAACUGAUUAAACCUUUAGAACAACUGUUUGAAUUGAUUUAUUUACUGUACACUUAAAAUAAAUGAGAAUUUCAGGCGUUCACAUGUUAAUGUAAUUCUAGAGGUGAAGGUGAACCGAUUUGACUCACUGGCCAUAAUGGAGGACUUGAGUUUGAGAUUCGACCCGGCCUCCUUGUACCCCUUGAAUGAAGAAUUGGAGGAGUGAGGUAAGCAGCAGUUUAUAUACUGUAUGUUUACUUAAAGAGAGAGUUCACCCAAAAUGAAAAUUCUGUCACCAUUUACUCACCCUCAUGCCAUCCCAGAUGUGUAUGAUUUUCUUCUGCUGAACACAAAGCUUUUUUAGAAGAAUAGUUCAGCUCAUUGUACGUCCAAACAAUGCAAUUGAAUGGUGACCAACAUUUUGAAGCUCCAAAAGCACAUAAAGGCAGCACAAAAGUAAUCCAUUCAACAUUUAACACUCCAGUGGUUCAAUCUAUAUCUUCUGAAGCAAAUAUGAUAUGUGUGGGUGAGAAACAGAUAAGCACUUUUACAGCCCAAAUGACUGAAUUUGCUGUGGCUUCUCUCAAAUUUUGCGAUGCAAUUUGCAGCAUUUUUUGGGGUUGUUUUGCAGUUAAAAUUCACAAAUCAUCAUUAUAUACCUUUUGUAAUUGUGUUAGUUACAUUGUAAAUACAUGUCAUAUUUUAGUGCACAAUAACUGAAUAUGCAGUUAACAAGAUUAGAAAAAAGAUGUACACCCAUAAAUAGACUACCAUUCAUUUAGGUCAGGAGUGGGGAACGUCAGG